ACUUUACGGUCGUUCGACCUUUUUUCGCUCUGCCCAGAAUCAUUUUGAUAUAACUAGCAGGCGUAGCAAUUUCGGAAUCUGUCCUUGUAUGAUGGCGGACGACGAAAAUUUCCACUGGAGAAACCGCAACGCAUAGCCUACCCUGAAUACUGGAAAAGCUGAGCCUGGGCGGACUAGCCUGCACCUUCGUCAACACAAUCAUACACUCGAGUUCAUGCCGGAAGAUGUCAAGGUUGCAAUAUCGAAAAUAAAGCAGUUUUAGUUUAGAUAAUUUGAGAAUUAAUAACUAAUUUUUAUUUCAAAGCGCUAGUUGUGCAGUCACCUUUGGUGUCCGAGGAGGAUUUUGGAGCUCGAGCUAUCCUACUCGCAUGUGCUGCAUCAUUUUGUGAGGUCACACUGGCUUGCGGGACUGCAAGAGGGGAGAACGAAGACUGAGCAGGACAGGGCUAUUUGCACCUUCAGACACUGAUCACCAAGAGUCCCAGGAGCGCUGGCCCUGAGCAGUCAGUCAUGAGUGCUCAGGAGGUGCCCACCAAUCCUGGACAGGAGCAGGUUGACGCGGGGGGUGGAGUCCCAGAUGGCCCCUCUCCUACCACCACCACCACCCUUGCUGUCCCGGUCACAAUAAAGAAGGAGCCUGACAUGCAGGGAGCCAGUAACGGGAAAGAUGUGCCAGCCGAGAUCUGUGUGGUCCUCGGAGGAGGAGGAGCAACAGGAGGAGGAAGGUCGCGCAAUGACCAGACCCAGGGCUCCUACGUUUGCGGGAUUUGUGGGAAGAAAUACAAGUACUACAACUGCUUUCAAACACAUGUCCGUGCACACAGAGAGUCCGACAGCAUGCCAGGAGAGGGGGCACCAACAACUCCCAACAAUAGCUUCCGCUACUCCUGUGACAUCUGCGGGAAGAAGUACAAAUACUACAGCUGCUUCCAGGAGCACCGCGACCUGCACGCUGUGGACGACCCAUACGAGCAGGUUGUUCUCGGACCUGUGGAAGACGUCAAGGAGGAGGAGCCAGUGGAACCCUUCCAGAAAGUAGGGCCAAAAACGGGAAGCUACGAGUGUGAGUUCUGUGGGAAGCAGUAUAAGUACUUCAACCCAUACCAGGAGCAUGUGGCUCUGCAUCAACCAAUGAAUUUCUCCUUUGAUAAUAUGAAGUCGCCUCGAUCACGUGGAAGUGUGGAUGGAAACAUGGACGUUAGCAAAUACAGUGCCACUAAAUUAGAAACAGACAGUCCCUUUAGUCGGAAAAUGGAAAGCAAGACCCAGUCCAGCCUGGUGGACACCAACAGUUCCCAGAACUCAAGCGGUACUCCAAGCCCCCUGGUGGCCGGUUCGUUCCCUGCAUCACAGAUCACAAAGUGCUUCACAACAAUCCGGGCCUACAGCCCCCAAAACCCCAAAGACAAGGCGACAGUGGCAGAGACCAAGUCUCUAGAACCCUACACAUGUGGCGCCUGUGGCAUCCCGUUCCAGUUCUACAACAACCUGCUGGAGCACAUGCAGUCCCACGCUGCGGAUAAUGAGAACCACACCAAAGGGGGGUCUCCAAAGACAUCACCAGGCCCAGCCUCACAGGACCAACUGUGGAGGUCCCCCCAGCCCCAGCAUCAGGCCCAAGCUCAAAUAGUUCAAGUCCAGAUACAGGCUCAGCCUCAGCCAACACAGAGAAACCACUACACCAACCAGAACAGUGGUGGACUACCGGAGAAGGAAAGGCAGCAGGUGGCUGAGCGUCUCCUCAGGGUGAUGUGUACAGACCUGGGCGUGCUCAACAUGCUCAACAGCAAGGACUUUCUGAAGCUGGCCCAGACUCUAGUGGACACGGGCGCCCGCCACGGUGCCUACUCCACCCGCGAAGCCCUGGGCAACAUGAGCUCACUGGCCCUGCGCCAGCUUCCCCGCAUGUACAACCAGAUCAAGGUGAAGGUGACCUGCGCCCUGGGCUCCAACACCUCACUGGGCAUCGCCGUCACCUGCCACUCCCAGACAGUGGGGCCUGAUGCCUGCCUAGUGCUGACAGCCUACCAGGUGGAGGGAUCCAGGCUCAAACGCUAUGUUCUAGGUGUCAAGGAGGCAGACCUGAGGGAGGGACCUGAGCAGGUACACCAGUGGACCCAGAACGUGCUGUCGGAGUUCGUCAUGUCGGACAUCCGCACGGUGUACGUGACUGAGCCGAGAGUAUCUGCGGUGGGGAUGGGGGGCUCGCCGCUGGGUGGAGGCGGGCGGGGGAGGGUGUGUCUGCGAUGCGCCGGGUGCUCGCUGGGUGUAGUGGUCCAGGCGGUGCUUGGGAAGCGCAGCCUGCAGGCGCGGGGGCUCCACGAAUUGACUGAGCUGCUGGCUACCUGCCGUGACAUUGCUGCCUCCACCAGCCUCUCAUUACGUGACGACUCCACCAGUGCCACCAUCGACGAGGGCACAUCUAACCCCUCCGCACCCCCCAGGCCUAGCCCCACCCCUCCCUGCUGGGACCGCACGGCUGAGGCCCUGCUUCAGGUGCAUGCCCACUUUGAGCAGAUAUGUGAGGCAUACGGGAGGAGCAAGGCCACAGCUUCUACGCUGCAGGGCCUCAACAAACACCUGCUGGGGACGCUGGCCUGCCUGCUGGCCCCUCUACGCCUUGCCGCCCUGGAGCUCAGCAGUCAGAGGAGGCCCACCCUGCAGCAGGUGCUACCUGUCUACCUGCGACUGGAGAAACUGUUCACUUCCAAGGCUGGGGAGGUGGGGACCGCCAGCAAGCUCUGCCACUACUUCCUGGAAGCCCUGAAGGAGAACUUUAAGGUGGAGAAAGCCCACCAGGUAGCCAUGGUCCUGGAUCCUCAGCUGAAGCUGCGUCCCGUCCCAGCCUACCAGCAUGAGGAGAUCAUCGCCCGCGCCUGCGAGAUGGCCACAGACCCCCACGAUGGGGGGCAAGCCACCGGUGGGGGGUCCGGAGGUGAGGAUGUGGAUGGACCCUCAACACCCAAACGGCUUAGAGUGAACGUCCCCGGGGGUGGAGUGAACACCAGAGGGGUAGUAGCUGUGUCAUCGGAGGCAUCGUCAGAUGAAAGCCAGACCCAGGUGAGACAGGAGGUUUUCCAGUAUCUGGCUGAACCGCUCCUCCAGGGCACCACCCCAGACCUCUUCCACUACUGGAGCACCGCGGUGGGUGACCGCUUCCCCAGACUGGCACGCCUAGCACUGUGGCUGCUGGCCGUGCCCGCCGUGGGCAUCCGCAGCGAGUGUGUGAGCGUGUGUGAGCAGAGUCUGGCCAUGAAGAGGAGACAGCAGGUCACCACUGAGGAGAUGAGCAAACUCAUCUUCCUGCGCUCCAACAUGGCCUGAACGUUAGCCUGACCAACGCUGACCUAACCAUGACCUCUCCACCAAUGACUACAGACCAUCUACAUAAGGAUAGGGGAACCCUGAGGGGCCAUACUCGUAAACUUUUGCUUAGACCCAAGGUUUAUACCUGUUGUCUAAAAUGUCUAGCUGCUAGCGUUUCUCAUAAGCCAACCUGGCACAAUUAGCUAUGAUGCUGAGGACAACCAGCUGAGCACAUCAUUAAAUUAUGUAAAAGAUUCUGUAUCGGCCAAUUCAAAUCAUUGACAUAGUUGGAUGUGAUCCAGCACAUUUUCACGAAAGCGUCCUUGCCAGAAGUCCACCGGCAAGUUAGUAACUAGCUAGUUCACAGUGUAGAGCGUCUGCUUCCUGAAAAUUGUCACAACUUGCGGCGUAGGUUCGAAUCCCCCAUGGGAUGUUUUAUUUGAUCAAACACCUGGACUGGUUGGAUACUGUUCAAGAAGGUGAGGAAUAGGGGCAUCUUCUCAAGAUGCUGAUCUGGUUAGUGCCAAAUGCAACAACCAAGAAUUAUCAGCAGUUGAAUGGCUUAAAAUUCCUAGGAUAAAUGUCAAGGAUGUUAAGGGUGUUGCAUAUGGUGCUAGUAACCUCUAUUAUUCUUUGAGCCUUAAAGAACUCUGUCUUUCGCUGAAUCACUUCUAGUCUCGUCCACCAGCCGGCUCUGCUUCAGAAAAUCUGAAAGUAUGCAUUUUAUAAAUGGUUUUCACAUAUCAAAGUCAUAUGCCCGAACUCCGACUCGACUGGGUUUCCCAAAAGUAAUAUGGUCAAUGUGCUAACAUUUUAUUUAGAUAUUUUACAAUGUCCCAUGUAAUACAGCUGUAGCGGCUCUCUACAUUGACAUAUAAUUGAUUUAGCAGACAUUCUUAUCCACAGCGACUUACAGUACUGGGUGUAUACAUUUGUAUACUUUCUUUUCAUACUGGUCACCCGUGGGACUCGAACCCCCAGUUCUGGCAUUGCAAGUGCCAUGCUCUGCCAACCAAGCUACAUGGGAUCACAGGACCGCUCUCUCCUCGAUUUUAACCACACACUUUUCAAGUCCCACUUUAUUGCACUGUGUUACCAGGCAAGGUUACUUCUGACCUUAGACGUCAUAGUCAAUAUCAUGCCUUCACAUUAUCAAAUUGCCUUCUUUUCAUCCAUGGCUUAAAGUUGUCUGACUUUAGUAACUACUUGAAGGACUAAGCUAGGCAUACAUUAGACAACGAUACAAAUCUUUACGUCGUUGGCCCACUCACAUUAUGCAAAUUGUCUGCAUAAUCUUGUCACCCUGAUGUCUGCGACAGGUGUGCUCACGUUACACCAGUUUGCUCACAUUGCGACAUGUCUAGACCCCUCCCUGUCCUAUUUCCAGAUGUGUCAUGGCCACCUCCUACUAUGUGGCUGUAGCUGAGCAACAGAGGACAAGUUGCAAGUCACAUUGUAGCACCCCCCUCACUACGCAAGAUACGACAAAACAUUUUGUGCAGAAAAAUAAUCUGGACCUAGAAUGUGGAUCGGGACUGUGCAAAACCCAUAAUCGCACUUAUUUCACCCAAUCACAUUAUGUGACCUACAGCAUCUUGGUUGGCGCUUACAACAUCAUGAUUUACCUGCGAUUGUAGUGGAUCCCAAAUUGUGGCAAAAUCUCAGUUUAUAAUCGUAUGAUGUAUGGUCAGCGAGCGUGGCCUCCGGUGGUUGUGUAUGGCCUGGCCUCAGAUUCGUUUUGGACAAUGUUGCGAUUCAACUCCACUGUGUUACCGAGUGACUAUACUGAAUGACUUGACAGUUGGGGUGGGUAUGUUUGGGAACUCGUUGGUCUGAUUGCCCCUGGCUUGUUAGUGGCAUCUUUCCACUUUUUCAUUGUGGUGUCUUUCAGUCUGGUCCUCAAUUGUCUUUAGCCAUGUUGUUUUUAGACCGUCUUCCACUACACCAAGCAUCAUGUGUCUUUAUGUACUAUGUCAGUUUCUCAUAUUUAUUAGUCUUUCUUAGACUUCAUUUGUUGUUUGUACUUUUUACAUCAAAGAUAGACCCAUGUGUUAAUUUAUCCAGAAGCAAAGAAUCCAAAGAAACGUACUGGUGUGGCUGUUAUGGUUUCAUGCUUUUAAUUAAUGCACUGGAUUUGUUUAUGAUUUCGAUUGAAGGAUUAAAUGUUUUGCCAAUGUAUGUUCAACCUUCCCCGCACUUGAAUUUUGUCUGUCCUCCGUUCAGAGAGACACUUUCUAAUUUAGGAGUUGGAGUGUGUGAAAUCGUUGUUGCCUUUGUACAAACUUGCACAAAUUAGUUGGAAUGUGCAUAACAUCUCAAAUGGCUUGACCAAUGCUAUAUUGGAAGUGAGUGUCACACACCAAGGUACAUCUUGAUAACCUUCCCAUUCAGUAUAGAUGGUUCAGACGUAACUUUCCUCUGUCCAAAGCAGUGGUGUGCUUUUUUUUUUUUUACCUCAAAUUCUAUGACUGAAGGACAUGCAGUAAAGGCUCUGGUCUGUCCGACAUGAUGAUUUUUGGAUCUGUCCAAUAUGAUCAACUAGUAAGUGUAGCAUAUAGAUAAUGGAACUGAAAUUGAUGUUUUAGUUUGGUCUUUUUUUUUUGCAAACAUAGUGAAUGGAUUUUACCUGUAGAUCUUAAAUUAGGAUUUAAAGCAAAAAAUGAUCCUGAACACGCAGUCGGUCGUUGAUGUCGGUAUCUCCAAUACUACUACUACGAUUGUCUCAUACGCUUUCUUUGGUAAGAUUAGAAUUAUUACAAGAUAUGCAUGUAAUCAAUAUUAGAGUACUGAUCUAUUCUAUCAUAUAAGCCAGUGUGUUUCUUCUAAGACGGAACAGUUUCAGGGGGUUAGAAGUUGCUCCUAGGCACAGAUCUAAGAUCUGCUUAACCUCCCAAAAUCCUAGCUUUAAACAUUAGGGGCAAAGGCACAAACUGACUUUAGCUCAGUCUAGGGGCAACUUUGACGUACUCCUUUCAGGGGUGGCAGUAUGUAAAUACAAGAGAACUGCUGUUUUAUUCCACUAGAGGGGGCAAGUGUUGCAGAAAUGGGGAGCACCGUUGAUAACACCAUACCUCUUUUUAUAAACUAGCAUUUCAAAGGUUUUGAUACUCACAACUCAAGCUAAAUACUGUUAUAGAGAACUAAAUUCAAACUUAAAAGAAUUUAAAAAAAUUGCUGCUAACCUAUGGCUUCACAGGAACACAGGUCGCAAUCUUUUUCCAUUGGGUGUGUUGAAAGAAGAUGCAAAUGUUAACUGUAAAUACAAGAUGGCUAACAUGAAUAGUCUUUCCCUCAUGUUCAGAAUUUUUUAUGCUCAAUUGGAAUUGAGAAUAGUCUUGUGUUAUUUUAUGGAGACUUGUCAUUCUUUUCUUUUUAUACUCUGCUGGGCUGCAAAAAAAAAAAAAUCAAGUUUCUUAUUUUGAUUCCAUAAUUUGUCAUUUUAUCACGCUUUGGCAAAUAGUUUUGUUCUGUUUUUGUGGAUUUGUGUUGUCUUAUCGGUAGGCUUAAUUUAUACUUUUGUAGUGACACUAUUUUUAUACUACUGAUAGGAUCAAGAGUCUUUUGUCAGGCGUGACAGCGCUGUACAAUGUUAUGAAAUACAUUACCCACUGUAGUAUGUGCUGUGUGAAUAAACUGGCUGAAAUGAACAUCAUCA